GACUGCUCUGCAGCAUUUCUGAACUGGUGCAGUGCCGGUUCAUCUCCACCAAUGGUGUGCAGAACAAGGGGGACUUAAAGAGAACAACUUCUCAAACCAACAAAUCAACAUCAUUUGAAAACCAAACAAAAAAGAAACAAAACAAAAAACAAAUCCUGCACCAUGAGCUUCAAACCUUUCAUCUCUUCCUCCCUAUCCCGUCGAUGGGACGACUCCCCCACCACCUACCGGCUCUCCAAGGGGCCUUCCUCCAGGUGGCCAAUGGGUUUUGAGCCACUGCAGCACUGGGAGCAGAUGAACCUGAGUCAGGCGAAUGUAGUGAAUGCAGUGCUGUUGGAGCUGCGUGCCGAGGAAAGGGAACAGUUGGUGGGGCUGAACAACCGCUUCGCAUCCUACAUUGAGAAGGUGAGGCACCUUGAGCAGCAAAAUCGGGCACUGCUUCUGCCGCUGGAGGCCCUUCGGCGUGGUCAGAGUCAGCCUUCCAGGGUGCAGCAGCUCUACAUACAAGAGGUACGGGGUCUCAGGGAGCAGUUGCAUCAAGAGGCCCAGAAUAAAGCACGCAUGGAGGCGCAGAGGGACCAGUUGCGGGAGACCCAUGCACAGCUGCACGAACGCUGGGAGGAAGAGGCACGCCUGCGUAUUCAGGCAGAAGAAGACCUGCAGCGGCUGAAGGAGGAGGCGAGCAGGGCCGUGCUGUGUAGAUGUGAUGCAAAAGCCAGUGUGGCCUCACUGGCGCAGGAGCUGGCGUUCCUGAAGCAAGUGUUUGCAGAAGAGCAAGAGGGGCUGAGGGUCCAGCUACAGGUGGCCAGCCUAAAUGUGGAGCUGGACACAAGUAGACCAGACCUGUCGGCUGCUCUCAGAGAGAUCCGAGCACAGUUUGAUAGCCUGGCUGGACGCAACAUGCAGACAGCUGAAGCCUGGUAUCGGGGAAAGGUGGCAAGUGUAGUGGAGCUGACUGAUAAACAGGAGGAGGCUGUGCGCUUGGUGCGUGAGGAGACAACUGAGUACCGACAGCUGCUGCAGUCCCGUUCCGCAGAGGUUGAGGGACUGAGGAAUGUCAUUGAGUCACUGAACACACAACAAGGGGAACUAGAGGAAAUGCAGAACACGGAAGUCAACAAGUACCAGGGGAAGAUAAGUGACCUAGAGAGGGACAUUGCUGAAGCGAAAGAGGAAAUGUCACGCUAUUUGCGGGACUACCAAGAUCUGCUUAAUGUGAAGAUGGCUUUGGAUGUUGAGAUUGCGGCUUACAGGAAACUCCUGGAGGGAGAAGAAAUUCGAUUUACAUAUUCCACCGUCCCACUCCUUGCCUAAACACCUGAAAACCCGAAACCCCUGGUCCCUAACGAUGAUACCCAUACAUCAUUUUCUUAGUUUGAAUACUGUUGUGCCAAAUUAACAAUUUUUUUAUCAUAAAAUUACCCCCUAGGUCCUGAAAUACAUAAUCAUAAACAUCAUGAAGCACCUAAAUUUGCUUUUCCAAACCACCCAACUAACCUAGACCCCCUUUGCCACAUCAAAUCAAUUUUGCAUCUACCUCUAUCCCUAGUUCUUCAAUUACCUGACCCCAAACAUCUAACCAUGAAACUAAAAUAGCAAAUCAUUGCUCUAAAGACUGACGAGCCCUUGUGUCACACAAGAGGUACAUAAAAAGAGGUCCCCCUUCUUCUUUACACUCUAAAUAAAAAUAAGGCCACCUUGGAGACAUUGCUAAGAGCAGCACUCACUCAGCCAGAGCUCAGUGUCAUGUUGGUCGAUUCUUGUGGUAGACCUUAGAAUGGUUCGACUUGUAGAACAGUACUUAAGGUGUUGUUCUGCAAGUAAAUCCAAAGCUAAUUCUCUUAAUGUUUGAUUCAUAGCACCCAUUGAGAAUCUGAUUAGCCAGUGAUCCCCUGCUAUGCAAACUUUUAACCAAUUGUUUGUGGAGGUGGAUUGUUGUUAAAUGUAAUAAAAAUGUUGUUAAAAGUGCAAUGGACUUAAGAUAAUUUAAGCUUAACUGAAGCUUAAUUUCUUAAUAUGACAAAAGACCAAGAAUCAGCCAACAGGAAGUGUCGCGCAUUCCGGCUCUUUAGCUUUCAUGUAGUAAAAGCAAAAGUUGAGUUGUUAGCUUAUAGAAUGUAUUACUUCCAUUGAAUGUAGUAGAACUUAAUUUGCUCAUUGUAUGUUUUCUGCUUCUCAUAUUGUUUUGUUGAGGAUAUCUGAUUGUUUUACACAGUGUUUGACUUGACAAAAGCAUGACUGAAAAUCAAGAGUAGGAUAAACUUGAUGUUAAAAGACAAAUGUCAUGCUAACAUCUGCUUCUGUUGCGCCAUAUAGUUUAAUGUAAGCAAAUUAUCAGUAAUUUGGUAAAUGAACAAGAAACCGAGCCUGUUUACCACAACAGUCUCUGAACUAAUUGUAUGUUUGCACCAAAAUACAUCCUAAAUAACAAAUACAAUGA